AACGCGAACGCGAACAGUACAGAGACAAAAAGUCUUGCAAUGACUCUAGUACCGACCACCUAUCGGGAUUUAUCGCGAGAAUUUGACCAUCCACGCUAUCGACAGCCCUAUGAUUACCAACUCUAUCCCUAUCUUUGGGAUGAUUCGCGUUCCUGGUGGCCCAGCAUCACUGGUCCCCGUACCAGUGAUUGGCUUCGUCCCUUGGACGAGUUGGUAACACGACGAGUGAGGAAUCAAUUGAUACAGUCCACUACGCCCCAAGACUGGGCGUAUCCAAUGCGCUGGGAUAACUAUUAUUCGGGAGAGCGGGUGCACGUUGAUGAAAAGGGAUUCCGCAUUGACAUCGAUGUCCACCCAUUCCGACCCGAGGAGAUUGUGGUUAAAACCAAUGACGACCACAUUAUAGUUCAGGGAAAUCAUAAUAAACGCAAUGAAGGACCCAAUGGCAUGGUGGAGCGUCAUUUUGUACGAAAAUAUCUACUGCCACGUGGCUAUAAUGCCAACGAGGUCAUAUCGGAUCUAUCCUCAGACGGCAUACUGACCAUCAAGGCACCACCACCGCCUCCAGCUAAGUACUAUACGCCCAGCGAGCGACUGGUACGGGUCCAUGAAACGGGCAAGUUGGCUCUGCCAUGGAAAUGAGUCUAAAGAAAUACGUAUUUAGAGAGGAUAGAGAAUUCAAGGUGAACUAUUUUCGGGCUCAGGCACAAGUGCAAGUGCAACACUUAAGGCGGACGGACGCAGACACGGAUACGGACAGACGAACGAAAAAUUCAAUUAAAAUAAAAUACACACGAUUGCGAAUUGUAAAAUAGUGCCAUACAUAAUAUUAAAUGCGCAAUAAAUAUAUAGAUAUAUACUCUUAAAACAUCGAA